AUGCCUCAACCUUCAAAGGUGGAAACCCAGAAUGGACAGAGAGUCUCCGACCCAGCUUCUGCCACAACAAAUGUCGCUACAUCAGAUGGAAAGAUGGAUCAGCUUGUUGGGACACGAAAAGCACGACAUAUUUCGGGGGGUAUAGAGGAGAAAGUAGAUCCAUUUUGUGAUCCGAAAAAUCCGAAACGCAUUUCUUUCCAUGAUGUCACAUCGGCGGCCUUUCUUAUAAAGGGGGGCGUGGAGCGCACGCCGUGUCCGAGGUCCACAUCAUCGGAGUCUUACGGCAUGGAUUUAUAUUUAAAAAAAGAUUUUCUACAAUAUACAGGCAGUUUUAAGGAACGCGGAGCAAGAUACGCACUUCUUAGCCUGACGGACGAGCAGAAACGGAAAGGAGUAAUCAGUGCUUCCUUGGGAAACCACGCAUUGGCAUUGAGUUACCAUGGCUGGAAAUUGUCAAUACCAGUCACUGUGGUUAUGCCAACGGCGGCGCCCAUUAUGAAGAUACAGAAGUGCCGGAACUAUAAGGCGAGGGUAAUAGUCGAGGGCCAGGAUAUGGGGGAGGCAAAAUCUCUGGCAAUGCGCAUGUCUGAGGAUGAGCAGUUGUUGUACGUUAAUGGGUAUGAUCAUCCGCAUAUUAUGGCAGGACAGGGUACAAUUGGAUUGGAAAUACUUGAACAAGUUCCGGAACCAGAUGCAGUUGUUGUGCCAGUCGGCGGAGGUGGACUAAUAGCUGGCAUAGCUACUGCAGUGAAGGCGCUAUCUCCAAAGACAAAGAUAAUUGGUGUGGAAUCGGAGAAAUGUGCCAGCUUUUCAAAAGCCAUCGAAAACAAGGGACCGAUUACCACGCCCAUCAAAAACACUUUAGCCGAUGGUCUAGCAGUUCCCAAGGUGGGAGUUAAUGCUUUUGUAACAGCACUGCCAUUAAUUGAUCGAAUGGUGAUUGUUAAGGAGGAAUGGAUAGCUGUGGCCAUCUUACGACUAGUAGAAGAGGAGAAAUGCGUAGUUGAAGGCGCUGGCGGAGCAGGACUGGCUGCAAUAUUAGCUGGACAUUUGGAUGAUCUUAAGGGCAAGAAGGUUGUUGUGCUGCUGUGCGGAGGCAACAUAGACACUACUGUCUUUGGCCGAUGCCUUGAACGUGGUCUGGCAGCUGAGGGUCGUUUGGUGAAGUUUAAUGUGGAGGUCAGUGAUCGUCCGGGUGGCAUCAAUGAUCUAUGCACUCUGCUGGUUCGCAUUGGAGUCUCCAUUAAGGAUAUCAUGCAUGAGCGAGCCUGGUUACGUGAUAUAUACACAGUGGAGGUGAAAGUUGUCUGUGAAACCUUAGACUGGGCACACAGUUUGGCUCUGAAGAACGAACUCAAAAAAUUCUAUUCUAAAGUACAGUUCUCUGAUGUUCCAUUGGCACUUAAUUGAUUCAAAUAUAUAUUCCAAAAACUCAUUGUAUAAAACAUUUUGGUUUACACAUUUCUAGUAAUUUUAUUAUCAAUCAGUUCGAUUUUAUUGUACAAAACUCGAAGGAUUGCGAAUUUUUGAGCAUAAACUGAGUGUAAUAUAACAUUAUUUGUAAAUGUAAAUGUAAAAAUAAAAUGUUGUAUAAAUGUAAAUAGCGCUGAAUAAAUAUACAAUUCAAUACGUA